CUUUCUUUGCCUUGUUUGACCUUGAAUGUUUUGAACGUCCUGUUCAGGAGUUAACCACUGCUGGUGUUUCUGUCAGAGUUGUUAUUUAGGUUACAGGAAGUGGGUUUGUCUUUUCUUUUUUUGUCUCAGUUACCUUUCAGAGCUCACGUCUGCAGCGACAGAGAGAUGGACACGUUCAGACUGUGGUUUCUUCUGCUUCUGACCCUCUGUGACAGUGAAGAUUUCUUUGUGAAGAGAAUCAGGCAGAAAGCAGAAGUGACUCCAGUGUGUGACUCCAGCCACACUGUGGAUAUCAUCAAUCUGCUGGUGUGUAAGAUCAGAACAGAGCGGAGCAGGGCUGAACCCUGUUCUCUGGUCUACAAGUAUGAUGGACAUGGAUUCAGCUUUGAUCAGGGAUGUGGCUCCAGCUUCUUCCUCACUGGAAACAAUCAGACAGUGUUUCUCCACUUCCAUGAUUUGACUGCAGCUGACAGCGGGAACAUCACCUGUUCGUGUUCAUACCUAGAUGGAGUGUAUGUUGUCCAUCUCAGUGUCACUGUGGAAGAUUCAGAGGAUGAAGAGGGAGAUAUGAUAAUACCAACGGUCAUCUGUGCUUCAGUUUCUGUGGCUUUUUUUCUCAUGCUGGCCUCAGUGAUGCUGGUGUUCAUCUGCACAAAACAGCAUCAAAGAAAAGAACCGGAUGCGGUGAGAAAACCUCCCAACAUGGACGGUGCAGACGUGGGGCCGUACAGCACCUUCAUUCCCACUGAGGCUGGACUUUACUCAGUGGUCUGGUUCCACCGCUCACCGUCACUUCGAGAAUUCAGACAGGAGAACACGAGAAAUCACCUCUGGGUGUUUUCAAAGUGGUCUAAACACAGAUAGAACAGAUGAAAAAUAAGAGCUUUAUUGGACGAAUGCAAGUAAAUGGAUGAAAUAAAGAAAAGACCAGCAUACUGCCGAGAGAUGAGUCAAUUCAAUAUACACUUCAUUGUAAUUCUCUGUCUGACCACCAGAGGGCAACAUUUCACUGGGAAAUGAACCCUGUUAUGUUUCACCAGUCUGUUUUCUGAACUCAUUCUCUUGGAAGCGAAAUACGUUCACAGAAUUUAACAGCAUACAACAUAUCAUAGCAGUCUGUGUUAAGAUACUAAAAUAGAUGAACAGAAUGAUCAAUACGUUACCGUCCGAAACUUUCUCUGGUUUCAGAAUGUAAAGACUUCCUCAGACAAGUCCUCAUCCAAUAUGGCCGCCACACUGACCCAGUCAUUGGUCAGAGAAGAGUCUAUUAAGAUGGAUGUGUGACUCAUAAUGAAACUGCAACAUCAAACUCUCACAAGUGACAUCUUAAACCAAACCUGUGAUCCAUCAAUCAAACUUUUUUGAUAAAGCAUCUUGAGCCUGCUUUUAAUAACUUGAACAUUGUCUUCAACUCUCAGGAAAUCCAACUGAAAUGUAUCAACAGAAAUGCCUUUUCUUUUUCUGAAUAAAGCUGCAUAUUCUUAAACUCAUUAAUAAAUUUUGUAAUGACAAUAAGGAAGUUGCUCUAUUGUAGUUUUCAAUGUGGCGGUGAUGCAUUUCCAUGUGCGGUCUCCAUAACGCCUCCUCAGCUGAUCGAACCGGUGCUUCACUCAGGCUGCAUUGUGUGCAAUCUUUGUCCGAGAUAUAAGCUGAAUUAACUUCUUCCUAACUUUGACCUUAUCUUGAAAGUGGUUUUCACCCAGUGUUGGUUACUAUUUCUAUAUAUCGAGCUCCAGGACCGAAUAUUCUUUCUUUUGAAAUGAAUUCUUUUCUCCAAUGACUUCAUCUCAAAAGUUUUCUUUGUCUUGUUUGACCUUGACUGUUUUGAAACUGAAGACACACACACGUCCUGUUCAGGAGUGGACCACUGCUGAUGUUUCUAUCAGAGUUGUUAUUUAGGUUACAGGAAGUGGGUUCUUCUUUUCUUUUUUUGUCUCAGUUACCUUUCAGAGCUCACGUCUGCAGCGACAGAGAGAUGGACACGUUCAGACUGUGGUUUCUUCUGCUUCUGACCCUCUGUGACAGUGAAGAUUUCCUCGUGAAGAGAAUCAGGCAGAAAACAGAAGUGACUCCAGUGUGUGACACAAACAGCACUGUGGAUAUCAUCACACUUCUUACAUGUAAGAUCAGAACAGAGCGGAGCAGGGCUGAACCCUGUUCUCUGGUCUACCAGUAUGAUGGACAUGGAUUCAGCUUUGAUCAGGGAUGUGGCUCCAGCUUCUUCCUUACUGGAAACAAUCAGACAGCGCUUCUCCACUUCCAUGAUUUGACUGCAGCUGACAGCGGGAACAUCACCUGUUCAUGUGCAUACCAAGGACGAGUGCAUAAUCUUCAUCUCAGCAUCACUGUGGAAGCUUCAGAAGAGGAAGAAUUCACCACAGGUAUGAGAAUAACAAUGAUCAUCCGUGGUUCAGUUGUGGCUUUUUUUCUCAUUGUGACCUCAGUGAUGCUGGUGUUCUUCUGCAGAAAACAACAUCCAAGAAAAACAACCAGAUACAGUGAGAAAACCUCCCAACAUGGACGGUGCAGACGUGGGGCCGUACAGCACCUUCAUCCCCACUGAGGCUGGACUUUACUCAGUGGUCCGGCUUCACUGCUCACCGUCACUUAGAGAAUUCAGAGGUCUCCACACAGAUAGAACAGAUCAAAAAUAAGAGCUUUAUUAGACAAACAAUCAUACCAGUAGAUGGAUGAAACAAAGAAAAGACCAGCAUGCUGUCAAGAGAUGAGUCCCUUCAAUAUACACCUCAUUGUAAUUGUCUGUCUGACCACCAGAGGGCAACAUUUAAAAAAACUUGUGUCCAACAAUAGAAAACAGGCCAAAUCAAAACUGUGACAACCGGAUUUGUACAAUAAAACCCCUCAAAAGCACAUAACCAUUUCAUUAACCCGCCCAAUGUGUUCAACAGAACCCUAAUUUGGCAGAGACCCGCCCAAUCUGGCAACACAGGCUCUUUUUUUUGUUGUUGCAAUUUUGGUUUCAUUUGACAUUCCUACAAUGACGAAGUACAAAAUCGUUUAUUCUUCUCAUGUGUAUAAUGACGACAUCACAUUGUUUGCUAUUCAUUCUAUCAGACGAAUUAAAAAAAAAUGUUAAGGCAAAAUCACAACACAGAUUUUAUUUUGAAAUCACUCUCUUGUGCUUAUUUUGGAACAUGUAUCUACUUUCCUUCCAGCACCCGAGCAACAGGGGUCCAGCAUCCAGAAAAAUAUGAUCCUCGCGGAAAGUUUCCGGAGCGCUAGACGGGCUCCAUAGCGGUGCCAGAGCCGGACCGCAACCGGACCGUAGCCGCACCGUGGCUGCUGUGAACCGCCACAUUGAUUUUAAUGACGACUGAUUACUGUAGUUGCGGUGUCUGGACCAGAGCCAGACAGCAUCCAGUGUGAGCCCGGCUGUUAAAAUGCUCAAACAGCCGAAUAACCUGUGUCAGGCAACUUACUCAUAAAAAGUAGUUAAUUGUAGUUACAACUUACUUCUUUAAAAAAAAAUUAACUGUGUUUGGAACUGAGUGAUAAUAUUUUAAAAGUAAUUAAUUACGAGGCAAAGUAACUACAUUACUUUAAAACAAACGUGUUUAAAUAUGUUAAAGAAUAUGGCUCCCCUCUUAGUGGAACUUUAAGAUGCAUGUUCAAUUAUUGAUUAUAAAACUGAGUAUAUGAUUAAUGAAAUAAAUGGACACUCGACAGAAUAAAUUUGUUGAGAAUCACAGGGGUUAUAGAGCAGUGUCUGAAGUACAGGUGAAAUUAAAUCGUCGGAUGGUCACGCUUUAUUUUUCCAUUUUCAGUGGGGUACAAAUUUUGAUGGGAAAAACAGACUAACAAAAAUGUUUUCCUUACUUUUCUUUGGCUGCAAAUUGCAAUUAUUGUUAGUUUUAAUUUACUUGGAUGAAAUGAAGCUCAGUGAUGUUCCUCUAUACCUUCGCUGAAUGCAUGUGUGUUCCUUCAGCCUGGGGAAGCACUUUCACUGACAUGACACCAGGCUUUAAAAACAUUUAAAAAGAGACUUAAAAUCGAUCCUAAAAGACAGGGAGCCAGUGCAAUGCCUUUAACUCCUUCAGCUUCUCCAGAAUUCAGCUACUCGUGUGUGCGACGGGGAACAGAAAGCACGUCACACUGGUUUUCAAUUGUUUUAUUUGGGGAAGACCAGAGAGCAGAAUGUUACUGGAAUCCAUUCAACUUGAUACAAAGGCAUGUCUCAGCAUGGGUGUGUUUUCCCCAGGAAGAGAAAUAGAGAUGGGUGGAAUCUGGAUGUAUUCCAAAGAAGGGAAAAGCCUGAUAUAACCUCAUGAGGAAUUAAGCUGCACUCAGAGUUCAAAGAGAUGCUCAGGUUCUUCACUUGAUUGAAUGUUUUUAUAAUGUGCGCCAGUUUUGUGGUAAUUUGAACGGAAACAGAUGCUGUUGCUGUUUUUCAUGGCUUCUGUUUGCUGCCCCAUGUUUGCAGCCUCCAGCUCACAGAUCAGCGGUUUUGGGGAUGAAACAGCAGAGUAUGGAGGGGAGGCGCAUUACAGCUGUUCCUCUGCCGACCCCACAGGCGUGCGUCAGGUCACCUGGCAGAGGCUCUUCUCAGACCAGUCCGUGGAGAACCUGGCGACCUUCAGCCCGCGCUUCGGCCAGCAGGUGAACGAGCCGUACGGGGGGAAAGUGUUCUUCACCGAGGCGGCGCUCAACUCCACGGCCAUCACUGUGAGCGACGUGACGUGGCAGGACGAGAGCUGCUACGUCUGCUCCUUCAACGUGUUCCCCGACGGCUCCAGAGGCCGGCAGACCUGCCUCACAGUGCAAGGAAUCUCAGAGGCCAACAUGAGCAUGCAGACCAUCAGUGGGGCUGAGGAGCACCAGAGUGAGGUGGCCUUCAGCUGCAGUGCCACAGGUAAACCAGCUCCCAGCAUUCAGUGGGAGCUACCCUCCGGAGUCGCCUCCUCCAGCCCGGAGCAAACGCAGACCGUCAAAAAUGCUGACCGCACCUUCAUCAGCAGCAGCAGCAUCACGCUGAGGCUUGAUGCCCCCUGGAAGGGACAGGUGGACUGUGUGCUGAACAGAGGGAAGCCGGGCCAGAGGACGGAGAGAAUCCCUCUGGUUGUACAGCACGAGGAGUCGGAGGACGGGACGGGUCAUUCUCACGUGGCCGUCGUGUUGAGCGUCUGUGUCGUUACGGUCAUGGUCUGCGUUAUUGUUGCGGUGGUUGCAGGGAUACACAAGAGGUGGAAACGUAAAGUGAGAGAUGAAGCUGUUAUAUGAUCAAGGGCGUCAGUUUGUUUUGAAAAGUGUGUGGGGGGGCAGCUGCUGGCAAAAGUGACUUUUGAGCAGUGGCAUUUCUAUUUGAAAAUACUUGGUAGGGCAAAGUGUGGUGUGUGUGUGUGUGUGUGUGUGUGUGUGUGUGCGCGCAUCUGAAAAGAUCGGCAAUAGAGAUGGAAAGUGUGACAACCUAUCCCAUGACUAUUUGUGGCAGUGACGUCACACUUCCCAUCUCUAAAGUUUACAUUUGCCGGUCUCCCCUGUCCAUCAUGCAUUGCGUGUAGGUCACGUGGUCUUCCCAACUCUAUAUACUGUAGCUACCAGGCGGGUCGCUAUUGCGGUGUGCUCGUUCGGGGCUUUGAGGGCAAGUGUUUGUGUUCUGCGUUUAUUUUCGUUACUUCAUGUGUUGGACCGUGAACGGGUGGGGUUGCUGCCACCAUAACUUCGGGCCUGUGAGCCAUUGUUGUGUGUGUUCUUCCCGGUGUGCUUUUCAAGAUUAAAGCCCUGGUAAAG